AUGUCUAUGUAUACUCAUGAUUCUGUUCUUCGACAUAAAAUAGAACAAACAAUCAUAAUAACUAUAUUUGAUUAUAUUCUUCAUUUUAAUCAUCGAACUAUGAUCAAUGAACAAUUAAGAAAAUUAUUUAAUGGAUUUAAACCUUUGGCUGUUUAUAAAGUUCAAUUAUUAAUUGAAAAAGAAUUGAUAGUUAUUAAAUUAUUAUUAAACAUACGUAAACAGCAAGCACUAUUAACAAUUGAUGAUCUGAAUAUAUAUCUUGAAUCAUAUCCAAUACCAUGUCGAUUGUGA